GCCAGACGGUGGUUUGAUUUACAAAGAAAUUUCAGCACAACAGUGCACGUAAAUACAUUUUCUCUUCUCGUCGCAGCACUGGAAGCGAAAUUAUACGCCCGCUCGGGAAGUGGAAAUCCCGUUAGGGAAGCAGCGUGUGUGUGAGUGCGUGAGUGGAGCCCUGCGUACGUUUGUUGUGCUGCCCUGGCCCUACGUCUUUUCCCACCGCCAGCCACCCGCCACCCAACCCCCAACAAAUCGCCAUCGUCAUCAGCGAGUACGGACACAAGGUAGUGUAGUACCGUGUGGUCGUGUUCCCGAGAGGUUGGUGCGCGUUCAUGUUGUGUGCAGUGCAUUGUAUGUGCCCCGUUUUGUAGUGUCUCCUUGUCUACUUUUGGACGGGGAGGGGAACGAAAGGAAAGGAAAAUCAGAGCACUAGCUGCUGGCCAACAGUAGGAACGGGAACGGACGCGGGCGAGUGCAGAGAAUCGACAGGGGGGUUUUUUUCCACUUACGGAUCGGAGUGACGGCGAACGGACCCGGUUGCUCCUAGAAGCCUCAGCACACACUCACACACACACACACAAUAACAACCACCACAGUGACGGAGCGGCUCCUCGGAGAGGCUCCGCGAUCACGGCUUAGGAACGGAAGGCGCAACCGGCGCACCACCAGCACUGACAGGCAGCGGCAUGACGGCGACUGAUAACACGGUUCGCUUCAGCGAUCACACGCUCGAUAAGGCGACGAAGGCGAAGGUUACACUGGAGAACUACUACAGCAAUCUGAUCACACAGCACGGUGAACGGAAGCAGCGCCAGGCCAAGCUGGAAGCAUCGCUAAAGGAUGAAACGCUGUCCGAAUCGCAGCGCCAGGAGAAGCGCAUGCAGCACGCCCAGAAGGAGACGGAAUUUUUGCGCCUCAAACGAUCCCGGCUCGGUGUGGAAGAUUUCGAAGCGCUCAAGGUGAUCGGACGGGGUGCGUUCGGCGAGGUGCGGUUGGUGCAGAAAAAAGACACCGGACACGUGUACGCGAUGAAGGUGCUGCGGAAGGCGGACAUGCUGGAGAAGGAGCAGGUGGCCCACGUACGGGCGGAACGGGACGUGCUGGUGGAGGCUGACCAUCAGUGGGUGGUAAAGAUGUACUACAGUUUUCAGGAUUCGGUAAAUUUGUAUCUGAUUAUGGAGUUCCUCCCGGGGGGCGAUAUGAUGACGCUGCUCAUGAAAAAGGACACCCUGUCGGAGGAAUGCACACAGUUCUACAUUGUCGAAACAGCUCUCGCGAUCGAUUCGAUCCAUCGGCUCGGUUUCAUUCACCGUGACAUUAAGCCGGACAAUCUGCUGCUGGACGCGCGCGGUCACCUAAAGCUGUCCGACUUUGGGCUGUGCACGGGGCUUAAGAAAUCGCACCGUACCGACUUCUACCGCGAUCUGUCGCAAGCAAAACCGUCCGACUUUAUCGGCACCUGCGCAAGCCCGAUGGAUUCGAAACGGCGGGCGGAAAGCUGGAAGCGGAAUCGGCGAGCGCUGGCGUACAGUACGGUCGGUACGCCCGACUACAUUGCGCCGGAAGUGUUUUUGCAGACGGGGUACGGGCCGGCGUGCGAUUGGUGGUCGCUCGGUGUGAUUAUGUACGAGAUGCUGAUGGGCUACCCGCCGUUCUGCUCGGACAACCCGCAGGACACGUACCGGAAGGUGAUGAACUGGCGGGAAACGCUCAUCUUUCCGCCGGAGACACCGAUCUCGGAGGAGGCGCGUGAUACGAUAGUGAAAUUUUGCUGCGAAGCUGAACGACGACUCGGCUCGCAGCGAGGAAUUGAGGAUCUGAAGCUAGUGCAAUUCUUCCGCGGCGUCGACUGGGAGCACAUACGGGAGCGACCGGCCGCCAUCCCGGUGGAAGUGCGCUCGAUCGACGAUACAUCGAACUUUGACGAAUUUCCGGACGUAGCACUAGAGAUACCCGCCCACCCACAACCGGAAGGCGAAGUGCUCAAGGACUGGGUGUUUAUCAACUACACCUUCCGACGGUUCGAAAGCCUUACCCAGCGCGGUACACCGACGAAAAAGUGAGCUGUGAAUGGAAAAAAAAAAUCGUGAAAACCACUGAAAACCGGAAAAAAUACAACAGCGCGCGCAGCAGACACCGAAGCAAAGCAGCAGCAGCAGCAUACCGUGAGUCCCAAUCCCCAAUCGAUCGAUCGACCAACCAACGGGAUGAUGGCACAGGAUCGUGUAACCGGCUAGUGCGUCCCCACAAGCAGAGGACAGACAGAUAGUAACGCGGAGCAAAGAUACUAGGAUCUAUGUAUGAGUGUGUGUGUGUGUGUGUGUGUGUGGAUGAUUUCAGGCCGUUUUUGCGUUAUCGCGUUCCCCGCGUAACUGUAUCCUGUCCUGUUUUACAAUGAUUGGCUAUUGCUCGGGAGGUGUGUAAAAUCUGAUUUUCCGGUUCAAUUUCCCGGUUAGACCGUAGACUGACAGAUAGACGGAUAGACCCAUGGAGGAUGCAAUUUUAAAAUGAAUCGGUUUGCCAGAUUAAAAAUCUAUUUAAAAUUCAAGGCAGCAACUUGAACAGCAGACAACACAAUUGCAAGCAACACUGUUUACUUAAAUUUAACAAUUUUCAUAAUUUUUAUUAAACAAACGGAAGAAAUGUUAGUUUGGCUGCUAUCCCGCACUUUCCUUAUCAUUUGAAUGAUUGUGUUAUUCAUGUGGACAGUGUCAGCUAACUGUGACUUUGUGUUGGUUUUUCCCAUGGUAAAGUCUGUUAAAUCUCCCUAUUAAAUUAUGGACAAAAAAACACACACACACACAGUAACAAGAAGGAAUAGACAGCUUUAGGUUGGUGGUAGCUUGAGUGGCCAGGAUCAGUCAGGACCUAUGAACCUCAUCCUUACGUUGCCUGCGGUUGUUUUCGUGUCUCUCAAAAUUAGUAGCUGGCUUGUUUGUUUGUUGGUUUUUUGCUCUGUUUUCCCUACACCCCCUCCCUCCCCCCUCCCCCCUUAGAAUUUAUUUCGUUCUUCCUCACUGUACCAAGUACUAGCCGUUAGAGUAGUAGGUUUUGUGUUUCGCUUUAAGUAAACUAAUCUAAUGAUGCGUGCUCGUGCUUGAUGAAGAGACUUUGCUCCAAUUUCGAAUCCCAUGGAGAGAGGGCGCUAACCUUGCUAUUUAUGAAGCAGCCGGCAGUCUCUCGUCACCGCUUUUCAUCGAGCCCAUUUGCUGACUGCCGACCGUCCAUCCAGAGCGAAAGAGUGCGCAUUUUCGAGUUAGAGUGUUAGCUUUUGUCCCCUUUUUUUUGUCGGUUAAGUUAUCUAAAUAUGCGCUUGUUUUAGGGAGAAAGCAUUAGUCGGUUAAAAUAGAAAACCCGGGAUGAUGUGUUAACCGGAACCGGAAACAAAAUGGCAGCCACCGCAGGCAAGUAGCAGCAGUCCCCCCUUUGACGCAGCCCUAGCUGUUUGCGGUGAAUUUGGUUUGUGCAUACAAAGUGUCCGUGAUGUGAGCGCGAAAUGAAAUCCGUUCUUGCCGCCGCUGCCUCCUAAUACACACUUAUGGGGUCUGCCCGAAAGCGAGAGAUUUAGAGCUAGAAGCGAAAGAGGGAGAGAGAGAGGAAGCGGUAGCGAAAAUAUCAGUUUAAAUCGCUCCCAACUUUUCUUCUGGUACGUAGAGUAGUAGCGUUUUAAGCCGUUUUUCCUUUCUAAGUAUCCGACGCUGAUUUUAACUCGAAAUUGGUGAUUAUCGUAGCGAGAUUGGGAAGCAACACAGAAUCGGAACAGCAUGAGCAUGAUGAUUGAGCCCAUAGUAUUAAAUAGAAUAUUGUAAUUGUACGAUGAUGAUGAUAAUGUAUUGUAUUGUAUUGCAUUGUUUUUUUAAUGAUUAUGAUUAUGAUUUGUUCAUAAGUAAUCGCAGAGCACACUCAUAAUACACACACUACUACUGACCUUUCCGAACAAACGUAAGCGAGAGAGUGAGAGAGAUAGAUAGAUAGAAAGGGCCUCCCCAUUUGCUGCCUAAUCCUAUCACACCGCCUCCCCCCCAGAACCCACUGGGUGAGCCUUGGUAGGCAAGAAAUGAUAAUAAAAUUGACAUAUGGUGGUCGCUUCAUUGUAAACGUAAUCCCCGUAAUCUACCGAAUCUUGCUGCAUUGUGGGGAUCUCUCGAAGGUAGCCGAGAGAAACGGAAAGUACAGGCGUUUUAGGCAGGCAGCGUAAAAUGAAGACCCCGUGUUUCCCCCCACUGGCCGUGGGGAAAACGAAUCUGAUAUUGUACAUAGUGUUUCCACAUUCUUUUAAUUCUCUCACCCAUCAUAAGUUCGCACCGUACCCCCGAGUAUUGAGCCUUGAGUUGUUUUCUUUUUCGUUUGGACUAGCUUUUUGUUUUUUUUUCAUCUGCCCCAUUUUUCCCACACUUCCGCCCCCUAUCUCACCAAAACGAACCGGUAAUAAAUUAAACAAAUGCGCUUAAAAAA